AGUGUCUGGUAUUUCUUCACUUCGCUUCUCUCCCAGUUGCCCAGUGGGACAGUUGGGUCUCAGAAACCGCCAUCAAGACCACAAGACAACCAAACAGUCAACCAGCCAUGAGUAAGUCUUAUUCAUCUUCAGCCCAGACGGCCUCCUCGUACCGUCGCACCUUCGGCUCUGGCGUCGGGUCAACCCCAAUGUCCUCCGUCUUCUCAUCUGGAGGCGGUGGCCGAAGCUCCUCUGGAAGCCGCAUGUCUUCCAGAGUCUAUGAAGUUAAGAGCAACGCUAUUCCCUCCUAUUCUGCAUACCGGGUGUCCUCUGGUGCUGGGGGAGCUGGGUUCGGCUCCUCUUCAGCCAUGCGCACCUAUUCUGGUGAGAAACUCGACUUCAACCUGGCCGAUGCCAUGAACCAGGACUUCCUCAACACAAGGACCAACGAGAAGGCCGAGCUUCAGCAUCUCAAUGACCGCUUCGCCAGCUACAUCGAGAAGGUGCGCUUCUUGGAGCAGCAGAACUCAGCGCUGACGGUGGAGAUUGAGCAGCUGAGAGGCCGCGAGGGGCACGGGCGCGUGGCUGAGAUGUUUGAGGAGGAAAUGAGGGAGCUGAGGAGGCAAAUAGAGACCCUCUCCAACCAGCGCGCCCGCGUGGAGGUUGAUAGAGACAACCUGGGUGACGACCUGCAGAAACUGAAGCUUAGACUGCAGGAGGAGAUCCACCAGAAGGAAGAGGCUGAGAACAACCUUUCUGCCUUCAGAGCCGAUGUUGACAAUGCCACUCUGGCCAGGCUGGACCUGGAGAGACGCAUUGAGAGCCUGCAAGAGGAGAUUUCCUUCCUCAAGAAGAUUCAUGAAGAGGAGAUCCGUGAGCUGCAGAGCCAAAUGCAGGACUCACAGGUGCAGAUCCAGAUGGACAUGUCUAAACCCGACCUGACUGCCGCUCUGAGGGACAUCCGUGUGCAGUAUGAGGGCAUCGCCGCCAAGAACAUCUCAGAGGCUGAAGAGUGGUACAAGUCUAAGGUGACUGAUCUGAACCAGGUUGUGAAUAAGAACAAUGAUUCGCUGCGUCAGUCCAAGCAGGAGUCCAUGGAGUACAGGCACCAGAUCCAGUCCUUCACCUGUGAGAUUGACUCGCUCAAGGGCACUAACGAGUCUCUGCUGCGCCAGAUGAGAGACAUGGAGGACCGCAUGACCAACGAGGCUUCUGGGUACCAGGAUACUAUCACAGGGCUGGAGGAAGAGAUUGCUAAGAUGAAGGAUGAUAUGGCUCGUCACCUGAGAGAGUACCAGGACCUCCUCAAUGUGAAGAUGGCCCUUGAUAUUGAAAUCGCCACCUACCGCAAGCUGCUGGAGGGAGAGGAGAGCAGGAUCACGACCACCAUGCCUGUCCAGUCUGCUUAUUCCUCUAUUGGAUGCAGAGAGACCAGUCCCGAGUCCAAGCAACCGCGCUCCUCAGAGGUUCACUCCAAGAAGACUGUUAUCAUCAAGACCAUAGAGACCCGCGAUGGAGAGAUGAAGUAUUCUAUGAGCCAGGGCGCUAGUGCCCAGUCUGUUGUCAGCGAGUCAACACAGCAUCAGCAAGACAUCAUGUAAACCGGACGAGGCAACGUUACCAACACUAUAUAUAACCAAUUAAUACAAAAUAGUACACAAAUUUAUAUUUUCCGACCACGAUUUAUAAGCUGAGCCUAUUUUUAGGGACAAAACGUUAAACAUUUAAGAUGAUUUAAAUGUAAACACAAAAUGAUAUGAGGGAACCCAACCAGUUAAAUCUUUAGACAUUGUACUACAGUAUAUACAUCUUACACAGGACAGAUGCAGUAUGCUCUAUCACUGUUUUUGGCCUGGUUUUAAAAUAUGGUCAUUCCAAGAUUUAUGCUUUAUUCAUGUUACUUUCCUUCUCUCAAAAACACAUGGAUUUGUUUUAUCUUGUCUGCAAAAAUAAUUCAAUGGCAAGAAUAGAGUUUCAAAUUAACAAACAAGGCUUUGUGUGGGCCCAGUAUCCACAGGGAGGUUUUCAAGGUGCAAGACAGAGCGAUGGGCCUCAAACACCAUGGUCAAAAGUAAUAUUGUAAUGUUUACUUUUCACUGCACAUAUUCCAAGUGUUUCUGUGCAAAUGUACAAGGAUAUAACUUGAUUAAGAAGGCUUAUAUUUGUGUAACGGAUUUAAGGAAAGUGAGAUGUUGUGUCUGAAACAUAGACAUCUGAUGAAAAAGGAACUCAGUCAUGUUUGAAAUUUGAGCUCAAAAGCAUGUGCUGUGUGUUUGAUUGUAUGAGAAAGGGUGACCAUGUUAUGCUGCUUCCCUGUGGCCAGAAACUCAAAUAAAGACAGUUGUUACCACCGUU